GUCUUUAUCCUAUACUCUGCUCUGCAAAAAUUCGUCUCUCAUUUCUUCUCAUCUCCACAAUUUCAACUUUCUCCCCUCUCUGCAAACUCUUCCAUCACUGGCUAUGGCGGCUUUUGGUGCUGUAACCAUUUUAAUGGACACACUCCAUCAAAACUUCCUCCAACCCACACCCCUUUUCCCUCUUCGCAACAAAACAAAGGUCAAAUUACUUUACAAAAAUCUGUCUUCUUUGCGAACCUGUCUUGAACAAUAUUUCAAAGUGGGGGAGUGUGAUGAAGCAGUGAAAGCAUUGGAAGCACAAAUGAGAGAUGUCUCCGUCGAACUAAGGUUCCAAAUUGAACAUGAAUUGAGAUUGUUUUACCUGGGGAAAUCCAUGAAGCUUAGGCUUCAGUCUGCUCAAAAGCUUCUUCCCAUUUUGAGUGGAGCAAUUAAAGGCGGCAUAGAAACUAUGGAUUUCAAUUGUGUGAUGGAGAUCCUAAGGAAGCACUUCACGCUGCCGGUAUCAGGCAUGCCGCCUCAUAUAUACAAAAGGGUCAAAUCUUUUUGCAGGCAGCAUCAACUCUUUCUCUAUGGAAAAGAGAAUGAGGAUGAUGAACAAGAGAGCAAGAUUGAUGUACUGAGGUACUUCAUAUGGUGCGUGCCGUCUCAAAUAAAGAAAAAGGUGAAAUCUUGUUUCAGACGGGAAAGGAAAAUCGAGAGAAGGAGGUAUAUGUUGUUGUACAAAGCAGAAAGUGUAAUCAGACAAGAACUCAGAGCCUCUUAUCUCAAUAAAUACAUGAAACAACGGAUACAGGCUACACAAAGGAUUCGCCAACUCUUCAUCCAAGGAAUUAGCCUCACAUCUUACAUCAAGAAAGACAUGUUGAAGGUCAAGAAUGCAUACCACCAAUCCAACAACUCACAGAACAACAAUCCUGCUUCUCUUAGAGGGCUGGAACCCGAUAACAUUAUGGUUGUUGAUUCAAAGUCUACAAUCCAAAUGGUGGGCUGCGAUGAUGUGUUCAACACCAUAAUGGACAACCUGAGCCAGCAAUCCUCAAAACGAGAAAUUGUCUCAAUUGUGGGAAUGGGCGGCAUCGGCAAAACCACCUUAGCUAGAAGAAUUUAUGAAGAUGCUUCAUUCCUUUCUCACUUUGAUCAUCGAGCAUGGGUUACUAUCUCACAGGAGUAUAAUCCCAGACAAGUGUUCCAAUGCCUGCUUUGUUCUCUUGACCCUGCAAGGGCCAGUCACAACAAUGGAGAUAGCAACUACGAAUUGGCUCGUGAGCAAGUAUACAGGCUCCUAAAACAUCAAAGGUACUUGAUCGUAGUAGAUGAUAUUUGGAGUACAAAUGUCUGGGAUGAUUUAAUGAGAUGUUUUCAGGAUGACAAUAUUGGAAGUCGAAUAUUGUUGACCACUCGGCAAAAAAAUGUGGCCGAGUAUGCUGAUUCAGGUAAUCAUUUUUGCCAUACCUUACCUUUUUUGGAUUCAAAUGAAAGUUGGGAUCUUUUUCAGAGCAAGCUGUGUAAGAGAUUGUCCCCUGAAUUUGAAAAAAUUGGUAGAGAGAUAGUAGACAAGUGCAAAGGAUUACCUCUUGCAAUUAUUGUGGCUGCUGGACUCCUCUCAAACUCUAACCAAACCUUUAUUCAUGAAUGGGAGCAUAUUGCAAAAUGUGUCCCUGCUUUGAGUUUAGAUCAGCAGGGUGAGAACAUCAUUGAUUUGAGUUACACCUUCUUGCCUCAUCACCUUAAACUUUGUUUUUUGUCAUUUGGGUGUUUUCCAGAAGACUCUAGGAUGUCUGAAAGUGAGAUUGUUUAUUUUUGGGUUCCAGAGGGAUUUCUAAAGGUUUUGAGGUCUGAGAGCAUGGAAGAUGUGGCAAGAAAAAAUUUACAAGAUCUUUUGGAUAGAAAUCUUGUUUUAAUUUUUCGAGAUAAAUUUGAUAAAGAAUUCUAUCAAAUGCAUGAUGUGUUGCGUGAAUUGGCUUUGAGAGAAGCCCAAAAAGAAAAUCUUUUAUGUUCCAAGAAGGGUUAUGAUAGAAGUUUGAGGUGGAAGAGAAAUGAAUCAAUAAAGUCUUCCCAUAUAUCUCAACCAUGGAGUAUCCAAUCAAGAAUUUGCAGUUACAACAGUAUAACUCCUACUAUCAACACUACUUCACUGUUUGAGUCUUUAAUACUGGAGGGGGUGCAUGCACAUUUAAAGUUUUUAAGGUCAUUGAGAGUAGACUGUUGGGUGAUAAAUGCCCAUAAUUUUCUGGCGAUUGUGGGUCUAGUGCAUCUGAGAAGUUUACGUAUUCAUUAUAUUCUUGGUGACUUGAAUAUUCAUUGUGGGUUGAAUAUUAAUUAUCUGCCUUUGUUCUUGUUGCGGAAUCUACAGAGUCUAGAAGUUUCUGGUUAUUCAUCAUGUGAACCCCUUCAUAUUUGGGGAUUAUCUCAAUUGAAGAUUAUUAUUUCCGACCGCAUUACACUAGUUCCUCCAAGAUCGGUUCAUCAUAAUUUGGAGAGCAUUAAAUAUUUGGAUUAUAGGAGUUGUACAAAGGAGUUGUUCCUGAGAAUCCCAAAUCUAAGGACAUUGAAUGUUAUUACUAAUCAUAGAAUAAAAUGCAAAGCUCCCAAUUGGUUUAAAAGUCUUGUCUAUUUAUAUAAAGUGGAAGCACUAGAAGUGCUUUAUGUCAAACAUGGAGAGUUUAGUACUAUUUAUUCUAUGGAGAUGACAAGCCUAGAGAAUUUUUGGCCAAAUCUUAAGGAGUUAAAACUCUUUGGUACAAAGUUAAAAUGGAAAGAUAUGGAUGUUGUUGGUAAGUUGUCUAAGCUUGAGGUCCUCAUAUUGUAUGAUGUUAAGGGUAAGAAAUGGAAACCCAAAGAUGGAGGAUUUCGUCGAUUAAGAUUCUUGAAGAUAUAUUGGAGUCCUCUACAAUAUUGGGAAGCCACUAGUAAUCAUUUUCCAGUCCUUGAAAAGCUAGACCUUGUUCACAUAAAAUUGAAAGAAAUUCCUAGUGAUUUUGCAGAAAUAACUACUCUCAAAUCAAUCACUUUAAGUGGUUGUUUAGAGUCACUUAUAUCAUCUGCUAAGCGUAUUCAAAAAGAGCAAGAAGAGUAUGGAAACGACACAUUUGUUGUUCAUAUUUCCUGAUGGUAGCAGCUAGGUUGCCCAGAGGUUGGCAAUUAGUGAAGAAAAUGCCAAAAAUCACAUUAGCUACUGCUUUACAUUAUGCUUCCAUGAAGUCAAUUCUAAAGGGAUCUACCUCUCAUUAUCACACACAACAGCCUCUGCCAUAAUUGAAUUGAAUUGAAGCGCUAGCUGAGGUUGUCCAUGAAGAUGAGAUGAGAUAGAUGCAGCCAACACACCACACAUCUACUAUACAGAGCGGAAGCUCGGUCCCCUGCUGAAGAAAUUGAAUGUUUUGAUUUUAAAAUCAUUGCAAGUGAUGGGCUUUCGAAUGUCUUGGCAAAUAAGGUUAGCACCUUUCGAGCCUUCUAUUGAUUGGUCUACUACAAGAACUAAUGCAACAAAACUUAUAGUGUUCACAUGUCACUGUAAGGUUGUCUUUCUUUGAGUGUGAAUGAUACCAACUUGACUAAAUAAUCAAUAAAUUGCAUGCUCAGCUGCAGUCACGGGUACUGUUAGCAUUUAGCAUAACUCCCUUUAGGCCUUGACAGGUGACAAAUAGCCAUUCCCCACCAAUUAGGCGUAAGCAAAAGAUGUAAAAGAUCAUACAAAGACAGAAGAUAUUAUUUGAUUACAAUUGAUUCUCUCUCGUUUUUGUUGCUACUGGAACAUCAAACAGUGCAUAUAUAUGGUAUUUAUUAAAUUAUCAUAUCAUUCUAUUUUCUCACUCUAUUCUCAUGUAUCUUAUCUACCUCAGAUUUUAAUUUAUUUUAUUCAUUUUAUAUAAGUGAAAGAGAAGGAUAUGAGUGUAGGAUUUAUCUAGGAGAUUGUAAAUAUCUAUGGAGUGAUAAAUUGAAUGAUAAUGAGCUUUCUUUUUUUUUUUGUCUGUGCAAGCAUAAGGCGUGUACCUUAUAUUGAAAAUAUGGUGUCUAUUUACUAAAGUUUGGAUGCUGCAUUUGUUGCCAAAGUCUCUAUGUCAUUGUCUUCAGCUACAGGAAGAUCAUUGGAGCGGAGUCUCUUGCCAGUUGAAGAUUCUCAACAUGUCAAUUCAGUUGCCAAUCUUGAGUGCACACUUCCCCCUGUGGUUCAAUGUUGGUGGCAGUAUGCAGAUAAUAGUUUGGAGAGAUGUAUACUAGUAGUUUGGAGAAUGAAUCAGAAGUUAAAUUCCAGAAUUUUAUAUUUUGACUUGUUUUAAAUUUUCAAUUGUAUAUUCAUGAAUGAAUUCUCUUCAAGUGUAUGAAAUGUGUAUAUAUUUUUCAACAAA